GACCCCAUCACCUUUCAAGAAAUAGAGAGAGAAAGAAAUAGAUAGAUCGUGGCUGUAGCUUUGGAUUUUUGCUCAGCGACGCGUCAGUGACACUGCCUAACUCAGCAGCAAAUUUUUUGUGGUGAUUGCAGUGGCCUUGAACAGAUAAAGAGAAAGAGAUAGAGGAAAGAAGGAAAUAAAGCCUUCAUUUAUCUGUUUGUAAGCUUGUAAUCAUGGCGGUGUGUUAUUUGAUUUGAAGAACUUGAUCAUUUCCAUCUUGGGUUCUUCAGAUUUGUUUGUUUGUUGAGGGUUUUCUACAAUGGUUGCUACUGCCGCUCAGUUUAGCGGUGGUGGCCGGAGUAAGAAAAGGGUGUUAAUCGCCAUUGUUUUUUUCUUUGGGUUGAUCUCGAUUUCAUUCGCUGCUAGACCCACAACUGGCUCAAGACAGAAGCUUGAAGUCGAUAAACAUCUUAAACGUCUCAAUAAACCUCCUGUCAAGACCAUUCAGAGUCCCGAUGGAGAUAUUAUUGACUGUGUGCACAUCUCUCAUCAACCAGCAUUUGAUCAUCCCUUCCUUAAAGAACACAAAAUCCAGACAAGGCCAAGCUACCAACCAGAUAAGAUGUUUGAGGAAAACAAGGUUUCUUCAAAACCCAAAGAAAGAACAAUCCCCGUAUCUCAACUCUGGCACAUGAACGGUAUGUGCCCUGAAGACACCAUACCAAUAAGAAGAACCAAGAAAGAUGAUGUUAUGAGAGCUAGCUCAGUUAAAAGGUAUGGGAAGAAGAAGAGAAGAAGCUUCCCUAAACCAAGGUCUGCAGAUCCAGACCUCGUCAAUGAAAGUGGUCAUCAGCAUGCGAUUGCAUACGUUGAAGGUGACAAGUAUUACGGCGCUAAAUCGACGAUGAACGUGUGGGAGCCUAAAAUACAGCAACCUAAUGAGUUCAGUUUGUCUCAGAUUUGGGUACUUGGUGGUUCUUUUGGUGAAGAUCUUAAUAGUAUUGAAGCUGGUUGGCAGGUCAGCCCAGAUCUUUACGGAGAUAACAACACUAGAUUAUUCACUUAUUGGACUAGUGAUGCAUAUCAAGCCACGGGUUGCUACAAUCUAUUAUGCUCAGGUUUUAUUCAAGUUAACAGUGAGAUAGCCAUGGGUGCAAGCAUCUCUCCGGUUUCAUCUUUCAGGAGUUCUCAAUACGAUAUCAGUAUUCUUAUCUGGAAGGAUCCAAAAGAGGGGCAUUGGUGGAUGCAAUUUGGGGACGACUAUGUUUUGGGAUAUUGGCCUUCGUUUCUGUUCUCUUACUUAGCAGACAGCGCUUCCAUGAUCGAAUGGGGAGGUGAAGUGGUGAAUUCUCAAUCCAACGGGCAACAUACUACGACUCAAAUGGGGAGCGGUUAUUUCCCUGAGGAAGGAUUUGGAAAGGCAAGCUACUUUAGAAAUAUUCAAAUUGUGGAUAGUUCGAACAACCUCAAGGCUCCAAAUGGACUUGAAACAUUCACGGAGGAAUCCAACUGUUAUGAUGUCCAAACCGGAAAUAAUGGGGAUUGGGGUCAUUACUUUUACUUCGGAGGACCCGGACAAAACCCUAAUUGCCAAUAAAAUGAAAUGGCGCAUAACAAUCUUUGUAACAUUCGCUCGAGAAAAUAGCGUUAUACUUUCUCUCUUUUCAUCUUCAUCUUGACAUGUUCUUAGAAUAUAUUAGGGUUAGGGUUUGGAAGUGUGAUUGAUAUAUGUUCUUGAAGUGAAAAGAGUGUGUCUUGACCUAUGUUUUGAGUUUUUAGUAAUUUGUUAGUCUUCUGCAUCAUGUAAGUGGUCUGCAAAAGUUUGCCCAUGUUUCUCAAAAGCUUGAAGAAACAGGCUUUUUUAGGGUUUGUUUAAUUUUUAAUAUUUGUGCACCAAGUGUGAAGCCACUUUUCUUGUAAACUGUGUAUUGCAAUGUGGCUUACUGUCCUAAAUGUGAUUAUUAUUUUUAAAUUU